GACAGCAUAUCACACACAUCUGUAGUAACAAGCAAAAAAAAAAAAAAAAAAAAAAAAAAAGAUCCACUUCUCCUUUUCUCAGAGCAAAGACGGAACUAUUUCAAUGGAAAGCAUUAUUUCACACGUUUGUCCAAAAACGAAGGAAACAUAACGCAAGGCUUUCAACUUUUUUCUGGGCUCAAAAUCCUUUUUUUUAAAUUGGUUUAAACGUCUCCAGGCAACACAAGGAGUCUCACGCGCGAGAGAAAAUGAUGAACAACAGAGAUCGCUGGAGGGUGUACAAGAGGGUGAGCGUCAUGUUUUUCCUGGCUGUGGUGGCACUUACUGUUGUCCAGAGAGGAACCAUCAACAUGGGGGCUCCUUUUGAACUUGAAAGGCAGGCUCGCAUGGAUGUGUCCAAUGAAGCAGAAUCUGGAGCUGCCCUUGAAGAGAAGACCGACUCCUACCUAGGGUUUAAAAGUUUCUGGAAGGCCAGCAAAAACAAGCUGGCAUCCAAGUCUAGUGCCACUACAAAGGAGCCCCCAACUACUGACUUGAACAGCCUCAAAACGUGGGAUGUAACCAGCACCAACUGUAGCGCCAACCCCAACAUUUCAAGUCAGGACUGGUUCAAGAGCCUGGAGCCAAAUUUCAAGCAGUUCCUGCUGUAUCGACACUGCCGUUACUUCCCUAUGCUUCUCAACCACCCAGAGAAGUGCAAAGGAGACAUUUAUUUGCUCAUGGUGAUAAAGUCUGUGGCAACGCAACAUGAUCGCAGAGAGGUGAUCCGAAAAACCUGGGGCAAAGAGCAGGUCAUCGACGGCAAGAGGAUAAAGACCCUCUUCCUUAUUGGCAAACCCUCCAAUGAAGCAGAGAGAGUGAACCAUCAGAAGUUAGUUGAGUUUGAGGACUACAUCUACGGGGACAUCCUCCAGUGGGACUUCCUGGAUAGCUUCUUCAACCUCACGCUCAAGGAGACUCACUUCCUCAAGUGGUUCAACAUCUACUGCCCUGGCGUGCGCUACAUUUUCAAGGGUGAUGAUGAUGUCUUUGUCAGCGUGGAGAACAUCUUUGAGUUUCUAGAGAGCAGCAGCCACUCCAAGGACCUCUUUGUUGGAGAUGUGAUCUUCAAGGCCGUGCCAAUACGUAGGAAGGAAAACAAAUACUACAUCCCCCAGGCUCUGUAUAGUAAGCCAAACUACCCUCCGUAUGCAGGAGGAGGGGGUUUCCUAAUGGAUGGAACCUUGGCAAGGAGGCUUCACUGGGUGGCUGAUACCCUGGAGCUAUACCCCAUUGAUGAUGUCUUCCUGGGUAUGUGUUUAGAGGUGCUUCAAGUCACUCCUAUAAAACACAAUGCCUUUAAGACGUUUGGCUUGGUCAAAAAUAAGCAAAGUAAGUUGAAUCAAGAACCUUGUUUCUUCAAGAGCAUGAUUGUGGUACACAAACUGCUCCCGUCGGACCUUAUGCACAUGUGGAAUCUGGUCAACAGUGACCUGGUUUGCUCACAGAAAGUGGAGAUCCUAUAGCUUCGAUGGGAACACAAGGUAAGGACAGCAAAAAGAUGAGCUGCGCCUUGGUGAACUUCUCAGUCGAAUCAAUAUGGAUAUGGAAAUGGACCAUGGACAAUGAGUUUGCUGUUUGAGUGCAGUAAUGAGUUUUCCUAAAAGCUAAGUAACUUAUAGAGUUUUUAAUGGUUGUUUUAGAAACGGGUAUUUAUACUGGUAUUUGAAGGACUUGCUCUUUCAACUGGUAGAUUGAAGAGCCAAAAACCAAAGUUUGGCUGCUGCAUCAGUGGGUGCGAUAUGGGGAACAGGGGGCCGAACAAACUAGUCAGAUUGAUAGCCGAGGUCUUCACUGGAUUCUACUUAAGUCAAUCCCCUAUCAUCUCCGCCUAACAGCAGACACCCUUAUUUGCUCUUCUGUUUGGUUUUUAAAUGCAUGGUGUUUUCCAUUUUCCAGGAACCCACUCGACAAAGGACCCAGUAAUGUGUUUGCCACUUGGAAAAGUUGCAGAGAUAUGACUGUGCAGUUUGCUUUAGCUGUUGCCCUUAUUGGGAAUCAGUGCUUAGUUUGAUCUAGAAAAUGUAAGGAUAGAUGAUUAUCCAUUGACCUGGAAACCAAUGCUUAACACAAUUAUAAGUCACUUUCAAUAGAGGAGCAAUUUAUGUGUAAACAAUUUAAAAUGGUGAAGUAAAAUGUGUUUUGAAAGUGGCAAACAGAUCAUGACAGAUAAACUUGCUCAAUUUGUUUGGCUUACUGGGAAAUAUUUAAUCUGAUGCCAAAAAUAGAAGUGGGGGUUUUCCAUGGGCUUGGAGCCCCAUUUCAACAGAACUGAAAACCCCCUUUAAUGUGGAAACAUCAAAUAUUUUAGGGUAAACUGGCAAACAAGAUGCUUUGUUUCCUGGGAACUAAUGUUUAAAUUGAUCUGCAAAUUUCAGGGCUGUUUGUUUAUCUGGGUCCCAUCUUUAAAAGCCAUUGCACAUGCUGACCAACCUGUAGCAUCCUGGGUUUGUCCUUUUACACUGCCGUCACUUGGACCAGUAUGCCAUGUAACAUGAAAGGGCUUCUAGAAAUAAAUGGCUUUCUCUACCUCAGCAAUCUGGUCCAGAGCUGUCCCUUUUAUCAACUUUUCUCCUGAACGUUUAAUCAUGACACCCUUUGUUAUUAGUUUCAGUACAUGUUCCCAAAGUCAGAGUUGAAUCACUUUGCAUAUCAUAGAUGUCCUUGCACUCUUUUUUUUGGUAAUAUGACUGACUUGACCAGGAUGUCUACCACUCCUUUACUACUGAAAAACUUGUAUGCUGAAUGUGCUGAUAUACUUGACGUGAACGGGGUAGAGGGUUUUCAAUGACACUGUGAACUAAAACUAUUGCUGGUACAAGUAUAUGACUAAUUAAUUUAAGUGCACCCAAAUAAAAGGGGCCAAAUGUGGGGGUCUUGUAUUUAAUUUAAAGCAUCAGAUAGGAUAUUAAUGAUGAUUAUAAAGCUGAAUGUUGUAGUGGGUGAUGGCUGUCUAUAUGGUGUAUAUAUUUCUGUAAAAGAUGAAAUGUACAUUUUGUAAAUAAACAUCUUGACAAUACAUUUGUCUUGGAGUAUGUGUCCUAGAUUGGCUGUUUUGUGUUUGUCCUUAUCUGCGUUAAACAUCUAUGUGAAAAUCCUCAUAAGUCAGCCAACAAUAGUGUUAAAUGUUGACAUGUGAGUAUCAGUUACAGAACCACACAGUAGAGAAAACACGUGCUCAAACGUCCAUGAAAGGUGCACUCAUACCAUAAGUAGUGUUUAUUAUUAAAUGUUGAGCAACUUAACCCAGGAGCACCUUUAUCUGCCCUCUCUACAUCAGUGAGAUAACAUUUCAGAUCUGUCACCUGCAUAACGCACACGUUUUAAAUUUAAAGGACCACAGCAGAAAAUGUGUGCAGAAUAUCAUGUCUCAAGUAUCUGACUCAAAGUUCUUCAAUAAUCUUAUUUGGUGUAGUACAUACUGUAUAUCACCAAGAAUUUUUUUCUCUGAUUCAGAGAACAACUGUACAUACUCCUCAGCUCUGACUGGGUAUGACAGAGUGUCACUGUCACAUACUGGGUGUCUUUACACCUACAAGAAUUGCUAAGACUGCUACUGCCCGUUCACUGAGAAGGUAUUUAUCAGACUAAAACACAAACACUUCAUCAUGGAACGAAAAAAAAAAUCUUGUUUUCAGUAUCUUUCUGGACAAAGACAAAUACUGUCAUCAAACUGGAUCUUCUCUAUAUUGUGUUUCAUGAAGGGCACACUGCACCAACACAGAGGCAAAGCUUUAAAAAGUGUAUCUCUUUAACUCUCCUCUUUGUGUGAUCUAGAGCUUCCCUAUCAACAUAAUCAUCUGUAAUUGCACAUUCAUUGGAGUGAUUAAUUCAUUUUAUACCAUUGUGCACUAUGUCUCUCACACUGCUAAGAUUAAAUUAGCAGCUGCUCAGCUGAUCGUGUCCUAAUUGUUGUUUGCAGUGAUGGGAAUUUCGCCUCUUUUAAGUGAUCUGAAUCAUUUGGCUCAGCUCAUCAAGAAAAGCCAGCUCUUUUGGCUCGCAAACAGCUCUUAGUUUCUUGUGCCACUUUGGCUUUAUUGUAUCAGCCAAAUUUAGCAAAGCUAUGAUUAAUAUUUGCACUGGUAUAUGACUCCAACUGUGCUUGAUAUUUUAUGAAUUAAUAAAAUCUCAAGUAUUUAUUUUCUAAAAUAUUUAAUGUCCUUAAAAACACCUAGAGGGUCAGAUGAACCCUAUGGCUAGGGUGUAUGACCCCCUUGGUAUAAAACUUGAGUUAAUGCCACAGCAUAAGCAAACAAAGGCUUGUUCACAAGGAGGAGAAGGGGAAAAAUAAAUUUUAGGGAUUUUUUUAUAUGGAAAUCUAUAUGAACCUCAAAGGAAAAAUACCAAAACAAACACAUGAAAUGCCUAUCAAAUAUGUCACUCUGUUUCAUUCUAGAUUAUUUUUUGCUACACUGUUUUAUCUUGUUUGCCUUUUUCCUGUCUUUCUUGCUAUUAUCUCUCUACUUAUUUUUUUUUAUUAUCAUAAUAAUUUUUGUUUGAUUGUUUUUAUUUUUUUCCCACCUCAACUUUUAUUUUGCAAUUUGUUGUCUCUUUUUAAUGUUUAUUAAAUGUAUAUGAUCUUGUAAAUCAACACCACAUC